ACUCACAGUCAGGCCCUCCAUGACAGCCACAAAAGUGAACUCAAGAACUGACCACUGAAUGACAAUAUAAAAACUCUGGAAAGAGGGCAGACAACAGCCACUUUCUGCUCUGCCUUGACACAGAAGGCACCAGCAAUGAAGCUCCACACCGCAGCUCUUCUCAUCAUCCUCUGCCUUGGCAUCUUCACUGGGCACACAGUGAAAGGAAGUGCUGGAAGUCAGUCCAUGCUCAAAGCCACUUGUGUAGAUCUGGUUACAAAGCAACUGAGCAUCCGAAAUCUUGUAGGCUACGAAAAGCACACUCAAGCAAAUGCUGUAAUGUUUAUCACUAGAAAUGGUAUCAAGAUCUGCGUAAGUGCUGAUCAGAAAUGGGUGCAGACUGCCAUGAAGAAGAUAAAAGAAAAACUUACCACCAAACGCAAAUAAUCCUGUCCUAGAUAAGCAUCUAAGGCCAACCAGCUGGAAGCAUCAGCAGUGCUGCAGAUAACAGGGAAGAGAAC